AUGUUGAAACUAUUAAUUAUAAUUCUACUAAUUAGUUUUAAUUACUCUAUUCAAGCACUUAGCAAAGAUGAUUUACUUGUUGUUGCGGUUGCUACAAAUAAGACAGAUGAAUAUCAACGUUUUAUUCGAUCAUUGAACGUCUAUGGUUUUAAAUAUGAGAUUUAUAAUCGUGAUCAAUCAUCAUCGACAGAUGAUGGGCAAUGGAUGAAGAUACUUCGAGAAAAUCUUGUUCGUUAUAAAGAUGAUAAAACAAAAGUUCUUCUAGUUACUGAUGCUUAUAAUGCAAUCUUUAGUCAAGGAUCAGAAUUUGUUCUUGAUAAAUUUGAAGCAUUAAAACCAGCUCGAAUUGUAUUUGGUGCAGAAGAUGUUUGUUGGCCUGAUGAACAAUUAAAAUAUGAUUAUCCAUUGGUUGAAGGUAAUGAAAAACGUUUUUUAAAUGCUGAUAGUUUUAUGGGAUAUGCAUCUGAUAUAUAUGAAAUGAUCUCAAGUCAAGAUGAAAUCAAAGAUGAACAAUUAUUUUUUACAAAACUUUUUCUUGAUGAAACAACUCGAAAUAAAUGGUCAGUUGUAAUUGAUAAAGGUGCUGAAAUUUUUAUGAAUUUAAAUGAUGCUAUUGAUGAACUUGAAUUACCUGUUAAUGGAGAUGAUGUUUAUGUACACAAUACUUGGACAAAUUCAACUCCAACUGUUAUUCAAGGAUAUGGUUCUGGCAAAAAAAGUUUGAAUUAUCUAAGUAAUUAUAUUGCUCGUACUUGGUCGCCAACAACUGGAUGUUUACAAAGUAAAGAAAAUGUAGUGGAUGUAACUCAAAUUGAUGAUCUUACAAAAUGGCCUAUGGUUUAUAUAGCUUUAUUUAUUGAAUAUCCUACACCAUUUCUUCGAGAAUAUUUUGAAAAAAUUAUGAAAAUUACCUAUCCAAAACAACGUAUGGGUGUUCUAAUUCAUAAUCACGUAAGUUAUGAUAUGACUGAAGGUGAAGCUCGACAACAAGCAAUUCAUGAAUGUCAAGAAGAUAAAUGUGAUUAUCUCUUUGUUAUUGAUUCAAUUGUUCAUAUUGAUCAUCCAGAUACAUUAAUUGCAUUAAUAAAUAUCAAUCGAACUGUUGUUGCACCAAUGUUACUAAGACCAGGACAGACUUGGAGUAAUUUUUGGGGAGAUUAUUCUGAUGAAGGAUUUUACCUACGAUCGCCGGAUUAUAUGGAUUUUGUUAAUUAUAAUAAAAUGGGUCUUUUUAAUGUUCCGCAUAUUGCUCAUGCUUAUUUAAUUAAUGGAACAUUUCUUCAACAUUUUACACCGAAAUAUAUUGAUUCAGCAGUAGAUCCAGAUGUGAAAGUUUGUCAAUCAAUACGGGAUGCUGGAUAUUUUAUGUUUAUAAAUAAUGAAAUGAAUUUUGGACAUUUAAUUGAUCCAGAAAAUUUUAAUAUAUCAUUAACUCAACCUGAAUUAUAUGAAAUAUUUAAUAAUGUUAAAGAUUGGAAAGCUCGUUAUCUUCAUCCUGAUUAUCAGAAGUCUCUUGAACCUAAUGCAACUAUCGAACAGCCAUGUACUGAUGUAUAUUGGUUUCCAUUUCUAUCUGAAGAAUUUACUGAGAGUUUUAUUAAUGUUAUGGAAACAUACAAUAUAUGGUCUGGAGCAUUACAUCAAGAUGUUCGAUUAGCCGGUGGUUAUGAAAAUGUUCCAACAGAUGAUAUACAUAUGACACAAGUAGAUUUUCAAGAACAUUGGUUAUUUAUUCUUAGAGAUAUUGUUCAACCAAUACAACAAAAAGUUUUUACAGGUUAUUUUAGUGAUCCACCAAAAGCUGUACUUAAUUUUGUUGUUCGUUAUAUGCCGGAUCGUCAAAAAAGUUUACGAGCUCAUCAUGAUGCAUCAACAUAUACAAUUAAUCUUGCAUUGAAUGAUGUUGGCAAAGAUUAUGAAGGUGGUGGUUGUCGAUUUGUUCGACAGAAUUGUUCAGUAUUAUCAACACGUCGUGGUUGGGCAUUAAUGCAACCAGGUCGUUUAACACAUUUACAUGAAGGUUUACCAGUAACGAAAGGAACAAGAUAUAUUAUGUAUACAAAUUCUAUUGAUUUAAAUACUGGUUUUACUGAUGCAUUGACAUUAGAAGAAUAUGAAGAUGAUGUUGAAUUGAUUAAACUUCGUUUUGAUUCCACACGACCAUGUCGAUUUUUUUCUGAUGAUCGUUAUCCAAAAGUUGAAGAAGGUUUAGCUAAUUGUUCAUGGUAUGAAAAAGAUGCAUGUUGUAAACGAACUGAAGUAGCAAGUGUUUUUGAAUCAAUGUAUACAUUACAUCAAGCAUCAACACAAUGUCGAAAUAUGAUGAAUUAUCUUAUGUGUUUUUUCUGUGCACCUGAUCAAUAUCUAUGGUAUAUUAAAAAACGUGUUAAGAUUUGUGAAACAUUUUGUAAUGAAUUCUAUCAACAUUGUAAAACAGCUGAAUUUAGUGGAAAUACUAUUGGUAUGUGUAAUUAA